AUGAAAACAUAUGCAAUUGUACUAAUUGUGUUAGGGUCCGUCGCCGCCGCAGUUAUAGUCUUGUGUUGCUUAUGCAAUAAUGGCCGGAAAAAGAAGCGGCCAGCAGCCGUGACCGCCCCUCGUCCGCCUCCUCAGCCGGUUUACCGCGACGUCGAGAGAGGAGAUAAAGCGGCAGGCAGUGGAGCCAAGGAUGGCGGCAUGGUAGUUCUUGGAGCCGGCGCUGCUGCUGUUGCUGCCGUCGCCACAGCUGCUGUUGUCACCGGCGGAGGAGGGGGCUGCGGCGGCGUUGACUCCGGAGGUGGCGGAGAUGGUGGCGGUGGAUGUGGAGGAGGGUGUGGAGGCUGCGGUGGCUGUGGAGGUUGA